UACCCCGAGCCGAUGGACUUUGAUAACAAACGUCAACGGGAUGGUGAGUGAGUGAGUAGGUAGACAAAUAGAAGGUAUAGAAUGAGAAAUGAUCGGUGAGGGUUAAUAAAUGUAAACAAUAAUAAAGCAGAUUAGAAUAGGUUGGAUAGAAAUAAAAAAGGUAACCUGGAAAGAGCUAAAACGUGGUGCAUUUCGAAGAAUAAGUGGUUUUUUUGAUAUAUAAUUUAUAGUUUAUGGUGGUGCAGGGAAUUAAUUUGGAUCUAAUAGAAAUCCCAUCGGUUUUUCAAGAAUACCGUAGGCACCCACAGCUAACCUGAAAAAAGGUGUGAAAUAUAUGUACCACUCGGAAUAGAAAGAGAAUUGGAAUCCUCAACCGUGCAUUUAACCUGUAAGAAAAAGGAUUAGUAGGGGGACAAACCGUAAAUGUGAGUAACAAUGUGAAACCCUGAAAAUGAGAUAAAAUUAUUAAUAAAGAUAACUUUAGUUUUAAGCUGCUACAAACAAAAAGUACUGCUUUAAAAAUUGGUGAUUGCGACUGGUCUGAACAUUUCUUAAAAAUUUACGAUGCUUCGACCAAUCCCUAACCCCGAUCCGGAACAGUCAGAAAUGAAAUGUGAGGUCUGCCAAAGGCAGGAUGUGGAUGAAUCGGAGACAUUAUUUUGCGAUCAUUGCCAGCGAUCGUUUCAUAUUGGUUGCUCUGGCGUCUCAGGAGAAGUAAGCGACGUUUCUUGGUGUUGUCCUGAGUGCGCAAACGGUGUUGGUGAUGCUAUGCUGCAAGAGGAGAUUAAAAAGCUCGAAGAGGAGAAAAAAAGGCAGAAGCAAAAGCUUGAAAUCGAAAAGAUUUUACACCGCAAGCGACUGGAAUUUCAACAGGAGAUGUUCGAGAUGCGCCAGCAACUGGAAAAAGAAAAGCGGGAAAUGGAGCUGGAGUUUGAAAAGGCGCAAAUGGAAAAGAAAAUCGCCGAAGAGGAAGUUCAUCAGAAAAAACUCGGGAAAUUGCGUACGGAAAUGGAGGAGAAGCUGAAACAGCUAAAACUGAAAGGGAAGAAAGGUGCCGUUAAUGAAAACAGUCAAGAUGGAAUUGAUGAGGCGGAUAAAAAUGGUAAAAAGGAAAGAUCAAAGGAGAAAAGGCAGAAGGAAGUAAAGUCGGAAACGUCGAAACCAGAAAAGAGAAAGUUCGAAAAGGAAAAGUCGAAGAAAGGAAUGCUGGGCAAGACGGAACUGAUACCUGCUGAAUUUCGAGAAUCCUACCAGAAGCACUCAACCCCGAAGGAGGCCGGAAAACCGGCGACAAAGACGACAGGAAGGUUAAGUCUGUUGGACAGUUUCACGGAAGAGCACAGCAAGAACGACACGCCGUUCGGACAUCCCGAGGUUCCGAAAGAGAAGAAAAAUAAGAAGACGGCCGGUAAACCGGAUGAAGAGGAAUCGGAGAGUGAAAACGAAAUAGAAGAAGAGUCUCCGGAAGAGAGCAGUGAAGAAGAAAGUUCCGACAACGAAGAAAAGGACGAUAGUUCUGACUGCGAGGACGAAUGCUCAGAAUGCUCUGAGGAAGAAGAAGAAGAAACCAGUUCCCGUGUAAAACACCAUCAGAAACCGACAAUAUCUCAGCUAUCGUCGCGUCAGUUUCUGUCUCGGAAGCUGCCAACUUUUUCCGGUAAAUUAGAAGAGUGGCCACUUUUUAUAAGCAGCUACGAGACAACGACAAAAGCGUGUGGUUUCUCAAACGUAGAGAACUUAGCGCGUCUCCAAGAGUGCCUAAAAGGAGAGGCACUGGAGGCGGUUCGAAGCAGACUUCUACUCCCGAAGGCAGUGCCGAAGAUUAUCGAAACCUUGCGAAUGCUGUUUGGUCGUCCAGAAGCGAUUCUCAACAUGCUUUUAUCGAAGAUCCGCAACGCGCCCCCUCCGAAAGCAGACAAACUGGCAAGUUUUAUUAGCUUUGGGGUACUUGUUCAGCAACUUGCUGAUCAUUUAGAAGCGACUGGGUUAAUUGCUCAUCUGGUGAACCCGAUGCUCAUCCAAGAGUUGACCGACAAGUUGCCCGCAGGAACGCAGAUGGAAUGGGUGCGGUAUCGUAGGAAGUCGGCAAUCGUCACGCUAAGCACAUUGUCAGAUUUCCUGUCCCGUAUUGUGAAGGAUGCAAGCGAGAUCACGUCGAUGGGAGAAUCGUCUCGGUUCAAGGAACUGAGACCAGAAAAGGGAAGAUCGAAGCGGGAACAAGAAGGAUUUGUGUACGCUCACGGUGAGGCAGAGCAGAAAGUGCCACCAUCGAGAGAAAGGACACCGUGUAGGAUUUGCGGAAAAGUAGAUCACCGGAUCAGGAAUUGCGACAGAUUCCGCAAACUUCGACUAGCUGAUCGUUGGGCAGCUGUGGGACAGUGGAAUUUAUGUCAACUGUGCUUGAAUGAGCACGGAAAUUUCCCGUGCAAGCUGAAAUUCCGUUGCAACGUCGAAGGCUGCAAUGAACGGCACAAUCCACUUCUCCAUCCGGAGCGAUCAGCGAAUUGCAAUAUUCACACCAUUAUACCGAAGACAUCUAUAAUCUUCCGCAUGAUGCCGGUCACGAUGUACUGCGGAAAUACCGUCGUGAACACGAUCGCAUUUCUGGACGAGGAAAUAUUGGGAGUACGUGGAUCGAUCCAACCACUACGAGUGACAUGGACAGCCGGAGUAUCCCGGGUCGAGAAAGACUCACAGAGAGUGGAUCUGAUCAUCUCCGCCCUAGGAUCAUCGCAGCGAUUCAACAUAAAGAGUGCGCACACUGUAGAGAGCCUGAAACUACCGCAGCAUUCCCUAUCCCUGUCGCAGAUCGUGAAGCAGUAUGCACAUUUACGUGGUCUACCGAUAGCCGAUUUUCAGCAAGCCGCACCGCAGAUUCUCAUCGGUUUGAAAGACAUCCACCUGUACGCGCCGAUAGAAUCACGCAUAGGUCGACCGGACGAGCCAAUAGCGGUCAGAUCGAAGCUUGGCUGGACGGUCUAUGGUCCAACGGGCACCGGAGCAUUGGACAGCGCAACCAUCGGGCACCAUUCGUGCAGUGUGUUGUCGAAUCAGGAGCUCCACGACCUUCUUAGGAGCAACUACACAAUGGAAGAAUCGGGGAUUUCGGCCGCGUUGCUGCCUGAAGCAGAGAAAGACAGAAGAGCUAGGGAGAUCAUGGAGAAGACGACUGUGAGAGUGAGAGAUCGUUUUGAGACAGGCCUGCUAUGGGCAGAGGACGACCCCAGUUUUCCCGACAGUUAUCCAAUGGCAGUGAAGCGUCUGCAGUGUUCGCAACAUGAUUGCCGACUAUUUGGGGAGGGUUACGCACACGUAGCCACACCGGCGGAGUUAGCGGAGUUCGACAGUAAUAAGGUGUGGUACAUUCCCCUGAACGUUGUCUACAACCCGAGGAAAAAUAAAUAUCGCUUGGUGUGGGACGCAAGAGCAGAAGUUGGAGGAGUCUCACUGAACUCGAAACUUCUGAAGGGCCCGGACAUGCUAACCGCACUCCCUGCGGUACUCUGCAAGUUCCGUGAACAGAGAAUCGGUUUCGGCGCAGAUAUCAAGGAGAUGUACCACCAGAUGUUGAUGCGGACAGCUGAUAAGCGAGUGCUACGUUUUUUGUUCCGAAAUGAUUCCUCGUCGGCACCGGUGGUGUAUGUCAUGGACGUAGUGAUAUUCGGUGCCACCUGCUCGCCGUCGCUGGCGCAGUUCGUUAAAAACCGGAACGCAAAAGAGUUCGCAAAACAGUUCCCGGAAGCUGCAGAGGCUAUCGUUGAAAACCACUACGUCGACGACUAUUUCGACAGCGCCGAAACUGUUGAAGAAGCAGUGCAGCGGGCGCAAGACGUGCGAUAUGUGCAUUCUAAGGGUGGAUUCGAGCUGCGGAACUGGGUGUCCAACUCAGAAACAUUUCUUGGAGCUAUGGGCGCGCAGAAAACUGGUCAGUGCGUACGAUUCUGCGAAGAUAAAGAAGCAGAUUACGAGCGAGUGCUGGGAAUCGUGUGGAAUUCGGCCAGCGAUGAAUUCUCGUUCCCUACAAAGCUGAAGGACGAGCUUGUUCCGUAUCUUUCCGGUGAGCGACUACCGACAAAGAGAGUAGUCAUGAGCUGUGUCAUGAGCUUCUUCGACCCGUUAGGAUUGUUGUCCUCCUUCACGUUCUUCGGGAAACUUUUAAUCCAGGACUUGUGGCGAAGUGGCUGCGAUUGGGACCAGCUAAUCGAUCGAGAGUGCACUGAAAAAUGGAAUCAGUGGAUCGCCAGGUUACCCGAAGUAGGAGAAGUUCGGAUUCCUCGCUGGUAUUUUCAAGGUGGGCAGGUCGGUCAAAAAGAAUACAGCAACAUACAGCUGCAUGUCUUUGUUGACGCAAGCGAGAACGCCUACGGUGCCGCGGCGUACUUCCGGAUCGAGACGCCUAGCGGUCCAGUGUGCUCUCUGGUGAUGGCACGAUCAAAAGUGGCACCGUUGAAGCAUCUGUCGAUUCCUCGCCUGGAGCUGCAAGCGGCCGAGCGAGGAGCUAAGCUCGCCAAUUCUAUCGUCGAAAUGCAUUCUCUGGAGGUAAAGCAGCGAUACAUCUGGAGCGACUCAAAGACAGUGCUGUCGUGGAUCCAUUCAGACCAUCGCCGGUAUAAACAGUUCGUCGCUUACCGGAUUGGCGAAAUCCUUAACCUCACGAAGCUGGACGAAUGGCGCUGGGCUCCAACAAAGGUCAAUAUAGCUGACGCGAUGACGAAGUGGGCGAAAAAGCAUAGCUUGUGUUCUGAUGGACCGUGGUUCCAGAUUUCCUCUACCAAUCGGAGGACAAAUGGCCGAAGCAGGACAGAAUCACGCCGAACGUUGCAGAAGAGAUUCGGGCUUGUCUCCUGUUCCACGAUGUUGCAGUAA